UAGCCAAUAGAUGCUGUUGUUGAGUUGGGCUGGGAUUAGCAGGAGGCGAAUGAGUUUCAAUUUUACUGGAUUACAGAACAAAGAAAGGGGAAAGGGACACCCUGCUCUGUUAAGGGAAAAGAGAUAUAAACUAAGAAAAGGUACACAAAUUACAGACUGCAGACCGUGCGAUCGAAGACAACGUUGUUAUGUUUUGGAUUACGAUGGUUUUGCAAACGGUGCAGCUACAUUGUGGAUGGGAAUUGUGAGCGUUUCUGAUGGAUUAAAACGGGGAAUAAACCUAUUCCGGGAUUGACAGCAGCAACAAGGCUAUUUAAUCGCUAAUUAAGAGACAUGGCGCAGAUGAGGAAGCUGGCAUGUGACGGCAUCAGGACAAACUCCCGGGGUGAGCCACAGGCCCCACUGGUGUCAGCCAGACAGGAGAUCCUCACCAGCCUGGUGUCGGCCCUGGACUCAGUGUGCAUGGCGAUGUCCAAGCUCAACGCAGAGGUGGCGUGUGUCACUGUGCAUGAGGACAGUGUGAUUGCCGUCGGCACAGAGAAGGGCAGAGUGUUCCUCAACUCCAGGAGGGAAAUCCAAACAGACUUCUACAAGUUUUGCCGGGCGCCAUGUCUGCAAAAUCUGAGCGUAGCCAAUGCCCAUACCAAAGACCAGGAAGGCGAUGUCAGCAAACUGACUAAAGAUGGUGAGCACGGAAAAGCCAGAGCGCCGUCAGAUCCUCAGUCCAACGUCUUUGUUCUGAGGAAGAUGGUGGAGGAGGUCUUCACUGUACUUUACAGUGAGGCUUUGGGGAAGAGCAGCCUGGUCCCUGUGCCUUAUGAGUGGAUCCAGAAGGACCCGAGCUGUGUGGUGGCCCACGGCUUGCCUGAGGGAAUCACCCUAAAGAAACCCUCGGAGUAUGACACCAAGACUCUGAUGAAGAUUCUGGAGCAGAGUCACCGCAUCCAGUUCACCGUCAAAAGGCCAGCAGAAGAUUUGUCUCGAGAAGCGAAAUCCAGCACUGAUGUCAAUCACAGCUCUUCCACCGCCGUCAUGUCACCGAGCAGCCAUGGCCCCGGGAAGACGACUCCCCAGGUAGCCACGUCAUCAAGUCCAGGCACUUCCAGCAACUCUGUUCUGUCAAACUUCUUGUACGGCAUGCCCAUGUCCUCCAAACCCCACCCAGAUGGCAAGCUGGAUUUUAAACCCAUGUCUCUUCUCAACCUGGGCAAGGACAGACUGGCCAACUGGACAGCGGGGAGUGACAAGAGCACACCCCUGAAAGACUGUGCUAACAAUGACGAAGCAACAAGAGUAACUGGUGAGCAGAGUCCUACUGGAGUCCACAUCUCUAAGAGGCUGCUUUUCUCCAUAGUGCAUGAAAAAUCAGAGAAAUGGGACUCAUUCAUUCGGGAAACUGAAGACAUCAACACGUUGAGAGAAUGCGUUCAGAUCUUAUUCAACAGCAGAUACGCUGAGGCCUUGGGGCUAGACCACAUGGUACCCGUCCCCUACCGCAAAAUAGCAUGUGAUCCAGGGGCCGUGGAGAUCAUCGGCAUCCCUGACCAGAUCCCCUUCAAGAGGCCCUGCACUUACGGAGUCCCAAAGCUUAAACGCAUCCUGGAUGAACGGCAUGGGAUCCGCUUCAUAGUGAAACGAAUGUUUGAUGAAAGGAUUUUCACUGCUGCUGGCAAGAUAGCAAGGGAGGAAGGAAAGCAUGACCUGGGCUCCACGCCUGAAGACAGCUUCCCUGACAGUCUAAACAUCCCACCCACCACAGCCGAGCUGGUCAGCAAUCCUCACAGCAGCAGAUCAACAAGUGCUUGUGUGAGUCCCUUGACGGAGUGUGAAGCAGGUCCUUCAGCAGAUUGCAUUGCUUUGAAAAGGAUUAAAACAGAGCCGCCAGAUGGGGAAAUCAUUCAAGUUACAGUGCCAGAUGCUGGUACGAGUGGAGAGGAGCCCAGCGAGCCUGUGGCUGAUCAUGUCACAGCUGCACCGUGUCCGGCCACAGCCUCGCCCUCGGCUCCCACUGCCCCUCCUGCUCCUUCUGCUCCCUCCGCUCCUCCUGCUCCCCAUCACUCAGUGGAAAGCCAUGCAGCUGAAGCUCGGUCGCCCAGUGCAGCAUCACAGAGCAUCAGAAGAUCCUCUGAAGCAGGGAGUCUGGUGGAGGACAUCGGUGAAAUGAUUCUCCAGCUUCGGAGACAAGUGGAGAGCCUCUUCAGCAUUAAGUAUGCUGAAGCUCUGGGCCUUCCUGAACCAGCCAAGGUGCCGUACUCCAAGUUCCAGAUGUACCCAGACGACCUCUGUGUCACGGGGCUGCCGGAGGGAAUCUCUCUUCGAAGGCCUAACUGUUUUGGAGCAGCCAAGCUACGCAAGAUCUUGGCUGCUAGCAGUCAAAUCCAGUUUGUCAUCAAAAGACCUGAGCUGUUAACUGAGCAGGUAAAACAAGAGAUGCCCGUCCCUGGCUGUGAUUCAGAGCUGGACACCAAGGAGACAGCAUCAGUAACAGAGGAUGCUGCAGCUGUAUCCAAGAGGCCUGGAUUCUCAGAGUGCUUGGAGUCCAAACUGUCUAGGAUCGACCUGGCCAACACACUACGAGAGCAGGUCCAGGAUCUGUUCAACAGGAAGUAUGGCGAGGCAUUGGGCAUCAAAUAUCCUGUCCAGGUGCCUUACAAGAGGAUCAAAAACAACCCGGACUCUGUCAUCAUCGAGGGCCUUCCGCCUGGCAUCCCCUUUAGAAAGCCCUGUACCUUCGGCUCCCAGAACCUGGAGAGGAUCCUGGCGGUUGCUGACAAAAUCAGCUUCACCAUCACUAGGCCUUUUCAAGGACUCAUCCCAAAACCAGCACCUCGACGAGUCACUUUACUAAAGAAGGCCUACGCUUCAAUAAGCGACGAUGAUGAUAUUAACCGCAUGGGAGAGAAAGUGGUUCUUCGGGAGCAAGUCAAGGAACUUUUCAACAAGAAAUACGGUGAGGCUCUGGGCCUGGACCGCUCCAUCGUGGUCCCGUACAAGCUAAUCCGCGGCAGCCCAGAAUCUGUAGAAGUGAGUGGCCUUCCAGACGACGUCCCCUUCCGAAACCCCAACACCUACGACAUCGUGUGCCUGGAGAAAAUCCUUCAAGCUGCAGAUAAAAUAACAUUCAACAUCAAGGGCCAGCUACAGCCAUUUGCUGAAAUCUGUAGUCAGGCUUGUAACACAGGAACAGACGCCUCCACCAAUCGACGAAAGCGCAAGAGAGUCCAGGAGAGCAGCCGAACACCUGCCUCCUCUGACCUGGGAGUAUCAAGCAAUCAGAUUCCAGUGAUGCAGUGGCCCAUGUACAUGGUGGAUUACAGUGGAGUGAAUGUUCAGGUCCCUGGGAAAGUCAAUUACUGAAGGACAAGCCUCAACUGCAAAGGGAUAAAGGAGAUUGUCAAAGCGGUGUUCAUGACUCUUCCACAAGCGACACUAACACUUUGUCAGCGCACUAGGACUAUAUCUCUGCAGACUGAAUAUAGCGAGCUGAAGGUUUCACUCUGUAAACAGCCUCCUGACCCCCGAGGAACAGCAGAGUGGAAGUGGAUCGAGAUGUGGGCAAAAGCUUGGCUUGUUUUUUGACCACUGCCUCAGCCUGCUAGGUUUUUGUUUUCCUACUAAAGCUGAUGAUGACAGUAAUAUUGCUAUGACAAAGCUAAAGUCAUGCUUUCUAUUUAUGUCCAUCCACUGAGUCAUGUUGUUGGAUCCAGCAUUUGGUUGCAAUGUAUUACUGACAAAUAAUGUCUUUGAUAGCAAACUGGUUCCUUAAUAUUCAGAUAUUUGUACUUUUUAUUUAUUAUAUUUAUUAAAAUAUAACAUUAUGUGCAGGGAUGUAAAAUACAAUAUUCUGUUACACAGCUCCUUUAGGAACUAUCACAACACUAACUCGGAUGCUAGCAGUCACUCAGUAACUACAGGUAACCACUGAAAGCAAGUUAAGCAGCAGCAACGAAGUGUCUUAAUUAGGUGCUGGGGCAAUCACAAGCCAUGAGAAAUUAAAGGAGUGGAAAUGGACUUCAAGUUUGCCUCACGGGUGGAACCCGUGCCCAGUGUGGCCAAGGCACCUGCAGUAUAAACAAGACCUUCAGUGAAUCGCCUUUUUAUGUUAGCAUCACAUUAACAGUAUGUAAAAUAUGUCAUUUAAAGUCAGCCUGAAUGUAUCAUGUAAAGGAAAGAAUGGUAUGUUAUCCUGCGAUGACUGUCUCUGGACUAACAAUAUUUAAUAUGCUGUACCUUAACGCCAAUUAGGCCUUUGAAAUAAAAUGUGUUGCCUUGCACUAUGAA